AGAUACAGCACAGCGACUGUUCUCACUCUCCCUCUCUUUUCUCGCUUUUUCUUCCCAUCCAUUGUCGCUUACUAUCCACUUGUAAGAGACAGAGGCACCGGUAAAGUUUGGUUCCCCUCUGAUUCCAGUUUCUAUUAUCGUAACAAAAAGGACGAUACCGAAACGCGUAAAGACGUAUUUGAAAAACGAGUGUGAUCAUCAUCAUUGUCUUCAUCGUCACAAGCAAGCCUGCAAUUUUGCAGUCUCAUGAUUGUUUUCUCUUUCAGUUACUCCUCAGAUUCUUCAAUUAUUGCCUUUUUGUUUUUUUGAAUUACCUGGCGGUUUAUAUAUAUAUAUAUAUAUAUUAGGAUCAUGAACAUGGCCUUCCAUUCUCAUCUCAAUUGAUGCUCUUCCAUUCUUAUUUUCCUUUUCCGCUUCGGGAUUGCCAAAAUAUUCUCUUCAUUUUGUGGAUCUGAUCUGAAUCAUCUGAUGCCAAACUCAAGAGUACUGAAGCUUCCUAUUUUGAACUAAAUCAGGAUUGAGGUCGAAUCGAAUCUCUUAGAAGAUGCGUGAAUUGGCCAAAGAACGUACUCCUCUCAGAUCUUUACUCUUUUGAAACUCUCAAUCAAAGAGUGAUUAGAUUCGAAAAAAAAUGGGGAAAACAGGGAGAGAUUGGACACAGAUCUACUCAAUCUACGGCAUGGACGAUUGGCAAACUCCAGUAUUCCUCCUCCUACACGCGAUCGUCUUUUCAUCUCUCUCCGUACUCUUUCUCAUCUACUUCAACCCGAUCUGCGCCUUCUUCGAGUCUCUCUUCCCUAGCGUCCCGUGCGGCGCCACCAGAUUCGCCGCCGGAUUCACUGGCUCCGUCACUGCUCUCUCCGCCCUCUGCCUCUUCUUCGCCGCAGGCAACAUCUUCUACUCCGCCGUCUCCCUCCACUGGGACAUGGCCCAGCGCAUGGUCACCGCGGUCAACGACUGGUCAACGGUGAAGCACGCACUCGACGUCGGAUGCGGCCGCGGCAUCCUCCUCAAUGCGGUCGCGAUGCAGCUGAAAAAGGAAGGGAGUUCUGGUCGGGUCGUCGGGUUAGACCGGAGAAAAACAACCGUAUCGACGCUCCGAACUGCAGGGAUGGAAGGGGUUCAGGAGUACGUCACUUGCCGGGAAGGUGACGCGAGGAGGCUGCCGUUCGCCGAUAACUACUUCGACGUGGUGGUGUCGGCGGUGUUUUUGCAUACGGUGGGGAAGGAGUUGGGGCGGACAACGGCGGCGGCGGCAGCGGAGAGGAUGAGGGUGGUGGGGGAGGUGGUUAGGGUUUUGAAGCCAGGUGGGGUGGGAGUUGUGUGGGACCUAGUGCACGUGCCGGAGUACGUGCAGAGGUUGAGGGAGUUGAAGAUGGAGGAUGUUUGGGUUUCUGAGAGUGUAACUGCUUUCAUGGUUAGUAGCCACAUCGUAUCGUUUCGCAAACCAAGUCAGCAUGUUGUGGGCUUUGGUGAAGUCAGGCUUGAUUGGAGAUUCAACAAUAUCUGUUGAUCUCCCAACCAACCCACCCCCAA